AUGAAGACCGAGUUCGCCAUCGCCUUGAUGGCAGCCGUGGGCGCCCUCGCCGCCAAAAACCCCGGCUACGGCGGCAAGAAGCACCACGGCAAGAAGCACCACAAGCACCACACGACCGCGAUGGUUGCUCCGUCCAACACGUCGACGACCACCAUCACCCAAGACUCCUGUCCCACCAACGAGGUCGGGCCGGAGACCAUGAUCACCGUCACCGACGGCGUCACCGUCACCUACUGCCCCCGGUGCGAACAUAUGACCAUGCCCGUCGGCCCGGUCGGGUACACCACCGUCUACACCACCACCUACGAGGCGCUAUGUCCUACCGGCAUGACGCAGUCGACUUACACCAUCACCGAGAGCUGCACCGAGCCGACGCCCACUUGGAUCCCGGGCUCAAGGCACAUCCCGCCGGGCUUCACUGUCACCACCGCUCAAUGCACCAUGUGUGCCGAGACGCCCGUGCCCGUCACCAUCACCGAGCCCUGCGGCUGCGAAGCUCACGAAGGCACUCCCGGCCCUCCAGCCCCGGCUCCAGCCACUGGCGGCUCUGGCCCAGCGCCCACUGGCAAUGGCCGAACGGGUGGCUCAGCACCAGGACCAGCGUGCGACGGCGAGGACUGCGGCGCCAUGGGACACGGUUCAGGAAGCAGCCCUGGUUCCGCCGCAGCGGCACCACCCUACCCGACGCCGCCCGCCACGCCGCAUCGCGUUAUGCCCACGGGCGGAGCUCCUCUACCCACUGGCGCGGCGCCCAGCGGUGCUCCCGGCUCGUCAUCCCCCAUGUCGCCGGCUCCGAACGCGGCUUCCAGCUUGCCGGUCAUCACAUCCACGCUCGUGGCGGUGGUUGUUGCUGUCCUGGCUCUUGCGCUAUGA